AUGAAAAAUCAAUAUUAUUUAAAACAAAUGAAAGAUGAAAAGAACAUUUUUUAUGAUAGAGAAGAAGGAAGUAAUAAAAUAUAUAAAUAUGAUAUCAUAAAGAAAAAUAUAUUUCGAAGAAGAAAUAAAAACAAAUAUUUAUAUUUAAAAAAAAAUUUAUUUUUUCAAAAAUGUAUUUUUUACAAAUUAAGAUGCAUGAAUAAUACAUCUUCAUGGUUAUUAGAACUAUCCAAAUGCUAUAAAAAUAAAGAUGAUUAUAUAAAUUAUAAUAAAAAACUUAUUGAUAAUAUAAAAUUGAGAAAACCAUUUUCAAAAUAUAAAAAAGUAAUUUCCCUAUUUUAUAAGAAAAAAUAUAAAGAAGCAUAUAAUUUAUUGUGCGACAUAUCGACAAAGAAUUCGUUUCAUCCUUUAAAAUUGAAUUUAUUAUGGAAACAUAAUUUUUUUGUAUAUAAUAAAUAUAAUUUGAACGCAUUGAUUGAAAGAAUACAAUUUAUUAAUAAAAAGAAGGAGAUAAAUGAAGAGAUUCAUAAAAAAAAUGAGAAAGUAUUAAGUCAAAAGAAUCGUAUAAAUAACAGGACAAAUAUUACCAUAUUAGACAUGUUACAAAGAAGAGGAAAAUAUAAGAUAGUAGACAAAAUAAAAGAAAUAAAAAAAAAUUGUAAUGAUGAUAUUAUUAUAAAUCCAAAAUAUAUGAAAUAUGAAAAUAAAAUUAACUCAAGAUGUAAUUAUUUUCUCUUAUAUAAAAAAAGUUCAAGUUUUGAAAAUGAUUUUAUUAAUAUAAUUGGACACAACAACAAUUAUAUAUUUCCUACAAGUAAAAGAAAUAAAUAUUUUGUAGAUAUAUUUAAUAAUAUAUCAAAUAAAAACAAAAAUUACAUUUAUGAUGACAUAUCUUAUAUAUAUAAGAAGGCUGACCAAUUUAUUUUUCAUACGAAGAAAAAAAAUAAUAAUAAAAAAGUGAAAAAAAUAAAAAAGAGAAAUAUAAAAAAAUAUCAUACAAAUAAAAAUAUGCAAUUUUAUUUUUAUAUUAAAAUGCUAUGUUUAUAUAUGCACAGUCAUUCAUUUUCAAUAUGUAAUGAUACAAAUGUGAGAAAUCAAUAUGCUCAUAUAAAUAUGGAAGAUAUGAAGAGAAAAGAAAUACUUUUAUAUAUUAUAGAAUAUAUGAAAAUGAUGAGAAAAAAGUCUAUACCUUUUGACACACAUCUAUAUUUAUUAUUAAGUGUUGCUUAUUAUGAUUUGGAAAAAUAUCAUAAAAGUGUAUUAUAUGUUAAGAAGAGUAUUAAGAAAGAUUAUUUUAAUAUUACUUCAUGGAUAUUUUUUAACAACUUAAUAUGUAUAGAAAAAUUUAUAGAUAACUAUAAAAUUGGAAAAGAGAGAAAAGAAAUAUAUACAAACCAAAAUGAAUGUGAUAAUUAUAGUAAUAUAUUUAUUAAUUGUAAAAAAAAAAAAAAGAAAAAAAAAAUAUAUAUAAAUAGUUAUGUAAAAAAAAAGUAUUUCAUAUAUAAACAUAAUAAAUUACAUAAACUAGUUAAUCAUUUGUUUGAUAAUGAAUUCUUUGAAUUUUCAAAGAAUGAGUAUAAUAAAAAUAUUAUAAUGAAUAAUUAUAAUUUCUACACAUAUAUCAACCCUAUAAUAAAUAUGAAUGAAGAUUUUUUUUUUAAAAACAAUUAUUUUGUCAACCAAAUUUUUGACGACCAUAUGAUGAAUAAAGAAGGAAAUGAAAAAAUAGUUGGAUAUAUGGAUCGAUGUUAUAAAAAUUGUAAGAAUUAUAUAGAAAAUAUACAUCAUGUUGAAAAGGUUAAAAAUAAAAAGACCAUGAUUAAUAAUGUUUUUAUUAAAUAUAAAAAAUAUUUGAGAGAACAUAAUUUUAAAAAUAAUUUUAUGACCUUAUUCGGAUUUGCACAUUUCUGUUCUUUAAAUAAUAAACUUUAUCAAGAUGCUAUAUGUAUAUAUAAAUAUUUGAUAAAAAUCUUGAGGGCACAAAAUAACCUGUACAUAUCAGGUGAGCUAGCCAAAUUGUAUUAUUUCUGUGGUCAGAAAAAAAAAAGUUUGAAAUAUUUUAAUAAGUUAAAAAUUAUAAUUAAGCAAAAUAUCAUAUUAAAAAAACAAAUGAUGAAUAAAUAUCUUAUAUAUUAUUAUUGUCAAUAUGGACAAUCUAAAAAUUGUAAAAAUAAGAUUAUAUUUUUGGAUCUUAAUAACAAAUUUGAAUUUUAUGAUAAAGAUAAAAAACAUAUAAUGUGUAUGAGUAUGAAAAAAUAUAAAGCUUUUAAAAGGUUAAUAAUUCCUAAAUAUUUUUCAGACGAAUUUAUAUAUGUUGAAUUAUUAGCUAAUAUAUAUUUUUUAAAUAAUUCAACAGUUGAUUUAUUUAUACUUGCUCAUAGUUAUGAAAAGAAAAAUAAAAAAAGUUAUGAUGAAAAAUUAUUUUAUAUAUUAGGAAAAUAUUAUUCAUUAAAUAAGAAUUAUGAAAACUCAAUUACAUUUUUUAAAAAAGGUAUUCAAAAAAAUAAGUAUCAUAUAUAUAGUUAUAUCAGUUUAGCACAAGAAUAUUUUUUAUUCAAGAAUAAUGUAAAUAUUUCAAUAUAUAUUUUAUUAAAAGUUCUUUUCUUAUAUUUUAACAAUACCUAUGCAUGGUAUAGUUUAGGUCAAUGUUUGCAAUAUAAAAAACAUUAUACGUUUUGUAUUUUUUCAUAUGAAAAGGCUCUCUUUUUUAAGGAAGAUAUUUCUAUAUAUUAUUUCUUGUCUGCUUCAUAUUUAAAAAGGGGUGAUAUAUAUAAUUAUAUUUAUGUGUUAAUAAGAGGUUGGAACUUUAAGAAAAAUAUUUUAUUUUCUUCCAUGAUUUUUAGUAUUAAUUUAAAUAUUUUAAAUAACGAAUAUUAUGAAUUAAUAAAGAAAUAUGAUAUAUCUAAUCUUCUUUUGAGUGAUGAAAAAAAAAAAGAAUCUAUCAAACAUAUUAUUGUUCAUCAUUAUUAUAAGAAAACAAAUAACAAUUGUUUACUUUGGUGUCUCAUAUAUUUAAAAGGAUAUUUUAAAAAAAUAACUAAAAAUUUGCAUCAUGAUAAUAUAAAUAUAAGUGAAUUUUUAAAAAACAAUUCAUAUGAAAUGUUUGUAAAGAAUAAUUUUUUUUUUUGGGGGGAUAAUAAUACUAUAAAGAGAAAUAAAUAUAAAGAAUAUCAUAAAACGAAUUUAUUUUUCAAAAAUUUUAAUUUAAUUUAUUAUAAAAAUACCAAUUAUUUGUAUUUUAUUCAAUGUUUGAGAAAUUCACCUACAGUUUUUUUUAAUGCUGUAACUUAUUUAGCCAAUUAUUGUUUUUAUAAUAAACAAUUGAAAUCUUCUUUGAAACUUUUAGAAAUAUUAUGGGAUGUAAAAGGAAGCCUAUCCUCCAAUUAUUUGGAGUAUAUUUUUUUGAUUGAAAAAAUGUUAAGGCAGGAAAAGGAUAGAAAUAAUUGUUAA